GCUCAUGCAGCAUCUAAAUCUGCUGUGCCGUGUGAUGUUUCAGAGAGGCUCAGAAGCAGCAGCCCCUUGACUUUCUGCAGCUCCCGAGCCCCAUUGGCUGGAAGGUAAAGCAGAGGCGGAGAGUGCCCUGAAUAUUUUUCUCCUCUACACACCAUAAAGCAGGCAGCCGGUACACACUCUCUGACAGCAAGACUGGUGCUUGCAGUUUGAAGUUAGUUUCAGCUCGGCAGCAGUCACUUGAGCAUUUUAUGUUUACCUCUCUUAAUGGAAGAGCAAAAAAAAAAAAAAAAACAACCCUGCAUCGUAACAGUGAACUAAACAGGAACUGAACGUAGGGGAAAAUCUCAUACAAACUUACAGACUGUUGGGACUCUGUGACACAGAUCACCGAUGUGAAUGUGAUGAUGAUCAGAAACUGCAUCUGUGAGAGCGUAAACCAGCAUUUGUGAGUUUGAAACCUUAUUUUGUGACAGCAGUCAAAGUGUUCUGAACUGCUGCCUGCCUUGGUGCUGGCUUAUUUUUCUUCUCUUCCCUAACUGAAAAGCCAAAGGAGGAUUUCAGAGGAAUGCAAAAAGGACAGGAGUUUUAAAAGCAGGAAGCUGAAAGGGGGUCUCCAUAAGAUGAAUUUCACCCAGCACCGUGGGACACUCCAGCCUGUGCAUUUCUGGAACCACAGCAAUGGACUGCACGGGGGUGCCAGCGAGCCCAAUGCAAAGGGCCACUCCUCGGGAGGCUGCUACGAGCAACUCUUUGUUUCCCCUGAAGUGUUUGUGACUCUGGGCAUCAUCAGCUUGCUGGAGAACGUCUUGGUCAUUGUGGCAAUAGCCAAGAACAAGAACCUCCAUUCGCCCAUGUACUUCUUCAUCUGUAGCUUGGCAGUGGCUGACAUGCUAGUGAGCGUAUCUAAUGGAUCAGAAACUAUUGUCAUCACGCUGCUAAACAAUACAGACACAGACGCACAGAGCUUUACCAUAAAUAUUGACAAUGUCAUUGACUCAGUGAUUUGCAGUUCCCUGCUUGCAUCAAUUUGCAGUCUCCUCUCAAUAGCAGUGGACAGGUAUUUUACUAUCUUUUACGCCCUCCAAUAUCAUAAUAUCAUGACGGUGAAGCGCGUAGGGGUCAUCAUCACAUGCAUCUGGGCUGCUUGCACAGUCUCAGGCAUUUUGUUCAUCAUUUACUCUGACAGCAGUGUUGUCAUCAUCUGCCUUAUUAGCAUGUUCUUCACCAUGCUCAUUCUCAUGGCAUCCCUCUAUGUCCACAUGUUCAUGAUGGCUCGGAUGCAUAUCAAAAAGAUUGCAGUUCUUCCAGGGACUGGCCCUAUUCGCCAAGGGGCCAACAUGAAAGGGGCCAUCACUCUCACUAUCCUGAUUGGAGUUUUUGUUGUGUGCUGGGCCCCAUUUUUUCUGCACCUCAUCUUCUACAUCUCCUGCCCCUAUAACCCUUACUGUGUGUGCUUCAUGUCCCAUUUUAACUUCUACCUCAUCCUCAUCAUGUGCAAUUCCAUCAUCGAUCCACUUAUCUAUGCGUUCCGGAGUCAGGAGCUCAGGAAAACAUUCAAGGAGAUUAUAUGCUGCUGUAGUCUGAGAGGGCUUUGUGAUUUGCCUGGCAAAUACUAGACUGAGGUGGAUAUGUUACUGUGUACUCAACAUGCAGCACAGACUUCUGAGCCUUCAGAUCCUCUUUUUCAGCAGAACUUGGGUUACAUCUUUAAGAGCAAACACUUCUUUCUCUCUCCCUUUCCUCUCAUCUUUGUAUCCCAUUCACAUGUAAUUCAUACUUCUCUGUAGUGUUUGUGAUAUCUACUCUUUGCAAUUUAUUUGCCUGGGAAGAGAAGAGAAGUAGUGUUUCAUACCAGUUUGUAAGUGAGCAGAUAAAUGUAAUGAUGAAAGUGAAAUACUAACAAAUAUGAGCAGCUGUAUGUUCCAACUGCUGACAAAAUAAAAAUCUUGCCUGAGUUACAG